GGCCAGCUGUUGGUGGUAGCUGAAGGAAUCUAGUUGGUAUAUCGGACAAGGAAACACACGGGAAGGACAAACAGGCAGUCGUGGGGGGAGUUAAAGAGACCAGAAGUGUACUUCGUCUUUAUUAGGGUGACUUCUCCGGAGACAGCGACUGGAAACUACAAUGAUGGCAGUCCUGGGCAGCGCCGGUCGCUUGAUUCACUUUGCCAGGAGCAGUGUCAGUCUGUGCAUGAGGCGACGCUCCACUGUUGCAGCUUUGGCCCAGAAUGCCACCCCGGAGACACAAGACAAUAGGAAACCGAAGACAGGCAUCCUGAUGCUGAACAUGGGAGGACCUGAGAAACUGGAAGAUGUGCAUGACUUCCUGCUGAGGCUCUUCAUGGACACCGACCUGAUGAAACUCCCAGUACAGAAUAAGCUGGGUCCAUUCAUUGCUAAGCGCCGCACUCCAAAGAUCCAGGAGCAGUACAGUAAGAUCGGAGGCGGCUCCCCCAUCAAACGCUGGACCUCCAUGCAGGGGGAGGGUAUGGUGAAGCUGCUGGAUGAGAUGAGCCCUGAAACAGCUCCUCAUAAAUUCUACAUCGGUUUCCGGUAUGUGAACCCACUGACUGAGGAGGCCAUUGAGGAGAUGGAGAAAGAUGGAGUCGACCGAGCUGUGGCCUUCACACAGUACCCUCAGUACAGCUGCUCCACCACAGGCAGCAGUCUAAACGCCAUCUACCGAUACUAUAGAAACAGAGGCGACAGGCCCAAAAUGCGCUGGAGUGUCAUCGACCGUUGGCCCACACACCCUCUUCUGGUGGAGUGUUUUGCGGAACAUGUCAGUAAUGAGCUGCUGAAGUUUCCAGAGGAGAAGAGAGACGACGUUGUCAUUCUCUUCUCCGCACAUUCACUUCCUAUGGCUGUUGUAAACAGAGGUGACCCGUAUCCCCAGGAAGUGGGAGCCACAGUUCAGAGAGUUAUGGAGAGACUAGGACACUGUAACCCUUACAGACUAGUGUGGCAAUCCAGGGUGGGGCCGAUGGCGUGGCUCGGGCCGCAGACGGACGAGGUCAUCAAAGGUCUUUGUGAAAGGGGGAAGAAGAACAUCCUACUCGUGCCAAUCGCCUUCACCUCCGAUCACAUAGAGACAUUACACGAGCUGGACAUCGAGUAUGGGCAGGUGCUGGGAGAGGAGUGCGGCGUGGAGAACCUCAGGAGAGCAGAGUCGUUGAAUGGAAACCCUCUUUUUAUGAAGAGCAACACAGUGUCAGGAAUCAGAGUGAGAAAAGGCAGAAAUGGAAGCUUUGAAGGUACUGUUACUCUUUAAAAUGCUGUUCUGUGGAGGAGCGCUAUCACCAGCGUUUAUGCUAAGUGUUUAUUAAUGACAUUAAUUGAUUGAUGUGUUUGUGUGUCUUUUUUUUAUAUUUGACUUUUUCAUAUGUAAUAUUUUUGGGUGUCUUAAACGGAUGAAUUGGAUUGACAUUCUUAUGGGAAUGAUUGAUUCGGUUUUUGUCAGGGACAGAGUUCAUACCUUUUGCUUCCAAAGUAUGUGGACAAUGACUUUUUAUGAUUUUGCCUUCACGCUUUAACCACACCCUGGUGGUUUUGUUUGUGAAUCAGUUGAGGUGGUGUGUUUAAGGCAACAUCCUUCUUCACCGUGAAUAACAUGUAGACAGGGUUAGUUGCGAGAUUUAAAGCAGGAGGGGAGGUGGGCGACAAGCAGGACAGACACACGGGAGACCACGGCAGACAGUCCAAGUGAACUCCAAGCAGGAGACAGUCGAUACAUGGAUUUCCUCCCUCCCCUCCAUCCUUCUUUCCCUCCUUCAGACUGUCCCUUUCUGUCUCCUUUUUGCCUUCCUUCCGCCUGUCCUUCCUUCCUACGUCGUGCACGUGCGCGACAAUAGCCAACUCCAACUUUGAUACUUGUUUGUUGCACUUUGUGUGCGUGUGUGUGUGUGUGUGUGAGAGAGAGAGAGAUGGGUAGUAGAGGUUUAUUAAAGUGAGGUGCAGAUCAAUGAGAAUCUUAAGAGCUGACUACAGUAGAACUCAACUGCCCAGCUGGCUGCCUCCUCAAACCCGCUUUUGCUCAGAGACCCCUCGCCAGGCUUGUGUGUGUACUGUGUGUGCGUGCGCGUGUGUGUGUGUGGGUGUGUGUGUGUGUGUAAAUCAAUAGCCAGGGGAUGAUUAGUUCGUAGUUACUGAAGGUUUCCUUGGUUUUAGUUUCUCACUGAACAGCAUGUGUCUGCUGCCGUCUGCAGCAAAAAAGCAACCUCCAUUACCAGAAGUAUUGCUGUAGUUAGAUAGAGGAAAUAUUACAUUCACGUUUAAAUACUGUAUGUUCUCCUCCUUUAUGUCAUUAUAGUAGAAUUUAAAAUGUCACUAUGACUGUUUGUAGUUAGGGUUUUGAUAACUGCAUAAGAUGUAGCCUCUUUGACAGGGAGAGAUGCUGCAAAGUAGGGGUGUGUGUGUGUGUGUGUGUGUGUGUGUGUGUGUGUGUGUGUGAGUGAUACUGCAAACUCCGAAACCAAGUAAAUACAGGGCCUGCAUUGCUGAUACUUUUUACUUGAAAUUCUUGCAAAAUCAGGGGACGAUUUGGUGAUUUUGCCUUUAAUUUCUUGAUAAUGAUUUUAAUCAGAAUGCACAGGACAAAGAUCGUAGGCGAAUACAUAAAUAAAUACAACUUAGUUGUGAACGAUGAAUGAUUAUUAUUCAUGAAUAAUGUAUUGGUAUAUAAAUACAUACAACAAUAUAAGACAGUGUAACAACACAAUAAUGCAAUGAUUUCUUUAUUACAUACAAUUGUUUACAGAAAAUGAAGUUAAUAGUGCAAAACAAGUGAAAGGUAGCAAAAACUACUAUUGGCUCCCGUUCAGAUCUUUUGGCUAUGUCCAAAAAAUUAUUUUCUGUUAUUGUAAACGCACAGUGGUGUAAAAAAGUAUUUGCCCCAUUCCUGAUUUCAUAUUUUUUUGCAUGUUUGUCACACGUAAAUGUUGCAGAUCAUCAAACAAAAGUAAAUAUUAGUCAAUGACAACUGAAGACAAAAUGCAGUUUUAAAAUUAAACUUAAGUUUCUUAACUUGUUAAGGGAGAGCCAUUUUUAAAGCUUUGGGACUCCAGCAAACCACAGUGAGAGCCCUUGUCCACAAAUGGCGAAAACAUGGAACAGUGGUGAACAUUCAUAGGUGUGGCCGGCCAACCGAAAUUACCCCACUUGCCUCAGUUAAGGUCAGUGUUCAUGACUCCACCAUAAGAAAAACACUGGGCAAAAACGGCCUGCAUGGCAGAGUUCCAAGACAAAAACCACUGCUGAAUGAAAAGACACUAAGGCUCGUCUCAACAUCUUGAUGAUCACCAAGUCCUUGGGGAAAAUACUCCGUGGUCUGAUGAGACAAAAGUUGAACUUGGAAGGCAUGUGUCCCAUUACAUCUGGCGUAAAAGUAACGCCGAAUUUCAGAAAAAGAACAUCGUACCAGCAGUAAACUAUGGUGGUGGUAGUGUGAUGGUCUGUUUUGCUGCUUCGUGACCUGGAAGACUUACUGUGAUAAAUGGAACCAUGAAUUCUGCUGACCAAAAAAUCCUGAAGGAGAAUGUCCGGCCAUCUGUUUGUGACCUUAAACUGAAACCAACUCGGGUUCUGCAGCACGAUAAUGAUCCAAAACACACCAGCAAGUCCACCUCUGAAUGGAUGAAGAAAAACAAACCAACCACCACUUCACUUUAACUUAAACAUGUUAAUUUAUAUACAUAUACAGUAUAUUUUGAUGUAUAAGUUGCACCUGACGGUGAGUCGCUGGACCAGCCAAUGAAAAAAUUAUGACCGAUAGUCUGGAAAAUCUGUUUUUGUUGAGUUUAGUUCCAAGGCAAGAAAGGAGUGACGGUGGUUACAUGUCC